CAACUAUGAUUUCCAAAAAAAAUGCAACUGUGACGGUUGUGUAUAAGAAGGGAGUUCCGAAUCAACAAUUCCUCAACGCAACCGGCCGCGCUGCUUCAUUACGUAUGUGUUCGUACCAGCGGAAUCUCCUGAAAUCUACGCUUGUGAUCUCCUCUGCUGUGAUCGAUUUCGGCGCUUUUAAUCGAUUAAAUCGGUUUCUCGACACGUUUUACAUCGAUUGAGGUACGGGUUUUCAGCAACCUGUAGUCAUAUUGUAGCAUCUGGAGAGGAAUGGCGAGAUACGCAAGUGAAGAACAUGAGGGAUCGGACUAUUUGGAACUACGGAAAAGGCUAAAAGAAGAAAUCAGAAAUAAGAUGAAGAAGGAUUCGGGAACCGCUCCCGGGUCACGCUAUAUCAACAGUAGUUCUUCAUACAAGGAUAAUUUUGGCUCUUUCUUCGGUCCAUCACAGCCAGUUAUAGCUCAAAGAGUAAUUGAAGAGAGCAAGGCCAUAUCGAAAAACCCUAAUUUGGAAGCGAAGGUUAUGAGGACCAGUAAUCCUAACGCCAAGGUUCAGGGUUCAAACUCUGUUAUUAGACCAAAGGCCAGUGCCACUAGCAGAGCACCGAUUGUUUCUGAUUUGGCAAAAGUGAAAAUCCAGGAGAUAAGGAACGCUAGGGAUUACUCGUUUUUACUAUCUGAUGAUGAUGCUAUCCCCCUUCCUGCUCCUCCAAAACCUUGUUUUCCCAAAAAGAUCUAUGCUCCUAGUCCUGAAUCAGGCCCAGCACAACCUUUACCAAAGGAUAGGAAACUUCCCAAUGGUCUUGAAGUGAGGAGGCCUCCUCUUCCAGGUGGCACACAAUUGAUGAAACCUAAAUCUGGUUUACAUAAUCCUUUGAAACCGCAAUAUACUGCCAAUUCAAAGCAAGCUUUGGUGCAGAAAAAGGCAUCUCAAGAAUCCAGCAAGUCUAAGAUGAUUCAGAAACCAUUAAGUGGGGCAUCCUCAAGAUCCCCUCCUGUGGCAAUGCAGAAACAUGCAGUGCCCUCCUCUAGACCUCAUGUGGUGAUGCAGAAGCGAGUGGUUCCGUCCUCUAAAUCUCAGAUGAAGGAGCCAGUUAUUAGAAAUCCAGACCGCCUCCCAGCAAAAAGACUGAUGCGAAUUGAUGAUGAAUAUGAUGAUGGGUAUAGUAAAGACCGGGAGCGUUGCCUAGCAAAAAGACCCGUGAAAUGCGACAACAAAGAUGAAUAUGCUACCAAAGCGAUUAUGCAGGUUAGGAACUUAUUUGGGUAUAAUCCCAACAAGUAUGAUGACGAUGAUGAUGAUCGUAAUAUGUUGGCUACUUUUAAAGACAUAGAGGAGGAGGAAUGGCACAGUGCCAAGAUUGCCAGGCAGGAGGAUGAGGAAGAACGCAUUAAGAUAGAAGAAGAGGAAAGAAGGGAACGGCUGAGAAAGGCCAAAAAACGCAAGAUGGGGCAGCUACUUUACUCAAAAGAACUGUGCAAUGUAUCUCAGAUGUGCCCAGUUGUGCAGAGCAGGGGUUAGAGGUAGAGAGGAAAUGCUGCUGUUGUACAAUGCUUAAUGAAACACAUGAAGGCAGCAGUUUCUCCAUAGGCUGUUGUGUACUUCAUUUAUUUAGUAAAGUCAGGGGAAAUUCAAUAUAUUUUAUUUUGACGGCUUGCAACUGCCAUAACACCGUCCCUUUCCCUCUAGCUCAAAGGACUAUUGGCAACAUUUGUCCUUUUUCUUUGUAACGUUUUCCAAAACUUUUGUAUAGUAUUUGGGUUUAGGAUUAUUUCAAAAAAUAUGUAUGUGUAUGUUUUCGGUAAACUAUAUGGCAAAAUAUGAUAAUA